AUGAAAAAUAUUUGGAAAUGUAAAAUGGAUCAACACAUCUCUCAAUUGUUUGAACGUGUCACUGUACAGGAAAAUAUGCCUUUGAAUACUGUGAUAUUUGAUUUGAAACCAAUGUUGGAACGACAUAUGAAUAGUCAUUUGCACUCAUUAUCGUCACCUCAGUCAUCGGUAUCGCCUAACAGAAAUAUAACAGCAUUUGCGAAUCAACAAGAAACUUUUUGGCCAUUUAUCUUAGACGACUUUUUGAUUAAAUUAGCAAAACCGCUGGAUCGUGAAAUGAUCUGUCUUUUACAAACUGAAUCCUUAAGACACUCAGUCAACCGAAAUGAUCCGUCGAUUGCAUCUUACAGUGAUACUAGUCAAGUUUGUUUACCUGGAGCUUGUUGUAAACUAUUGCAUGUAAAUAUAAUUACAAGCCCAACAGAAUUACCUACACCAUUCUAUAUUCAAGUAGCUGUGCAAGAUAUUAAUGAUAAUCCGCCACGAUUUCCGCCGCUUCAUACACCAUAUAUCGUAAUAAGAGAAGAUAUUAAAUUGGAUGAGAAGAUAUGGUUACCUCAAGCUUUUGAUGCAGAUAGUGAUCAAUUUAAUGUAGCGGAAUACCGUGCGAUUAAUUGGAUACAUGGGAAUCAAAGUCAUUUUCGAUUAGGCAUUUCAGAUUCAAAUGAUUUAAAUAAUGAUUUCAUUAGUGGUGUUCAUGAAAUACCAAGUAGUAUAAAUUUAAAUUCUCAUUUGGGAAAACCUUAUUUGACUAUAACAGAAGGGCUGGAUCGUGAACUUAUUGAUUUAUAUUCCUUUACACUAAUCGCUGUUGAUGGUGGUGGAAAUAUCCCAGUUAGCAAUACACCAAAUAUGAACAAGGCUCUUACUGGAUCUGUCAGUAUUAUUAUUAAAAUAUCCGACGUUAACGAUAAUCAUCCAACAUUUGAACAAAACACAUAUCGUGCUGAAGUUGCUGAAAAUUCAGUGAAUUCAGCGAUCAUUGACUUCAUUUUAAUCGAUCGUGAUGUAGGAGAUAAUGGUAGAGUGACUAUAGUUAUCGAUGAUCCUACUGGGCAAGCUCAACAUCUUUUCCGUAUUAUAUUACAACCAAGUCAAAAUUCCAACUUAAAAUUGUACAGUCACAGUGGAUUUCCCAAUUCUCCCUCACAACAGUCGAAUAAUCCAGCAGGAACAUAUUAUAAGGGAUCAUUACAAAUAAUUAGUCCAUUAGAUGCUGAAAGAUAUUUAAAUAUGUUAAGAUUUCAUUUAGUUGCUAACGAUCAUGGUCAACCAAUAUUAAGUUCCCGUUGUGAAAUACAAAUAAGAAUAAUUAAUGUAAAUGAUAAUCCACCUAAAAUUGUAUUUUUAAAUAAUGGUAAACGAUUAUCUGAUGGACGUAUUUCAUUACCGGAAGUGGAAACACCACAAAGAGCUAUAGUUGCUUUAGUUCAUGUAACUGAUGAUGAUUCACCAAUUGAACAAAUUCGUUGUCAUUUAAUUAAAGAAGAUGAUAUGUUUUCAUUUGAAGAAACUGGUAGUACAAAUUUUCUUACACACCAACAAACUCAACAAUCAUAUAAUUUAUUUAAUGAAGCUAUUGGAAUUCAUUCAACUUAUAAGCAAUAUGUUAUUCGUACGAGGAAAAUUCCAGAUAGAGAAGAGAAACAUUUUUAUACAGUUACCGUUGAAUGUAUUGAUGAUGAAGGUCAAUAUGCGUUAUCACGAAACGCCAGUCUACAUAUCACUAUUACAGAUAUUAAUGAACAUAAGCCAAUAUUUACAAAAAGUAUAUUCACAGGUCAAGUAAUAGAAAAUCAACUACAUGCAGAAGUACACAUGUUGACACCUAUUCAUGCAACAGAUCUUGAUGUAGGCGUUAAUGCAUUAAUCACCUACAGUUUAGUUAAUCCAUAUGAGUUAUCAUCCAUGCAAACAGUAACAAGUAUAUCAUCACUAGUGACGGCUUCAACACCAUCGUCGUCAUCAUCAUCAUCAUCUUUAGUUAAUUUCGUAAAUGGUACUGCAUUCUUUAGAAUAGAUCCAAUCACAGGGAAAUUAUGGACUAUUCAAUCACUGGAUUGUGAAAAUCGCAGUGAAUAUCAUUUGGUUGUGAUUGCAAGAGAUUCUGGAUCACCUGUACCACUUUCUUCAAGUGCAAAUAUUGUCAUUACAGUGGAAGAUACAAAUGAUAAUGUGCCGGAAUUUCUGAAUACACACUAUCUAUUUGAGGUAGCUGAAAAUGCACCAGGUGGUACAGAAAUCGGUGUUGUCGAAGCUAUAGACAAAGAUGUAACAAUAAUAAACCAACGCGUGCGUUACAAUUUACGUGGUAAUAAUGAAGAUUUGAAAUUGAUUACAAUUGAUCGAAAUAGUGGUACAUUAAGAACUCGACGUCCGAUUGACAGAGAAUCCAGAUCUUCUAUAUCACUUAUAGUAGAAGCAGAAAAUGAAGUACCAAUUCAUCGUUCACCAUCUGCAAGAAACGAUAACUUUAACACGAUCAUGAACCAUAUUGGUACAGAAGCAAGCGUAGUAAUCACAAUUUUAAAUUUAAAUGACAAUCGACCUGAAUUCAUGUUAAUUGAACCACAUCGUUCACAUGUGACAUUUACUUGGGAACAGUUAAACCCAUUAAUUUUACCGAAACAAAAUCAACUAAAUGCCACUACAGUACAUUUGAAAUCUGACAAUCAAUUUGGAAAAAAAGAGAAACCAGUCAAAGAAGAAAAUCAAGAAUUAUCCUCUUUAGAAAACGCUAAUCCUGUAUGUGAACCUUUGCCUCAUCGUGUGAUUGAUAGAGAUAUGGAAUCGGAUUCUAUGCUGGACUGUUGUAUUCUUGAAUUAUUAGAUAAUUACAAUGGAUUAUUUGCAUUGAUCCCACAAGCUCCAAGCGUGUUAUGUGCUAUGUAUAGACCUCCAACUCCACAAACCUACAAACUAACGCUUAUAGCAAAAGAUGGUUUGACGAAUGACAGUCUAUCAUCUCAAGUUCAUUUCACAGUGAUCAUUCGUAGUGAUCCAAAUCUUAGGAUAUCAGAAAGAAAGAAUAAUAAUCAUCGUUCGGAUCAGUUAGGCAUAGAUUAUUUAACAGAAAAACAGUCAAAUUUUGAUCAGAACAAAUUACACAAUGAUUUGACAAACAAUAAUUUCAAUUAUGGUGAACGUGAUAGAUUAAAUAAAGAUUAUCUACACAGAUCGUUAAAUCUUGAUGGCAGUGCUAAUUCUGGAUUAUUAUAUCCUUCAGGACUAUCAUCAUCAGUGUCUACAUCACAACAAUACAAAUUAAAUCAUUCUAAAUCGUAUGGAUCUGGGCAACAAACAAUAAUAAUUAUUGUGAUGGCUUCGAUUGCUGGAGUGUUAUGUGUUUUGUUAUUAGUAGCUAUUGUUUUAACAAAACGUUGUACAUUUGAUACUGUAUCAACAUCAAUGACAAACGCAAAAGAUUUUAAUAAAGAAGAACCAAAUAAUCAAAAUGAGUCAGCUGUUGGGAUGAAAUGCCCCAGUUCAACUAGUUCAUCACCAUCCAAAACAAAGACUUUUCAUUCAUUCCCCGUAAAUAUUCAUCAUAUUCAUUCAAAUCCUGAUUAUUAUGCAAAAGAAAUGAUCUAUCAUCAUCCAGUUGGACUUGCAUCAAGUGAAACACCUUAUGAUAUUUCACUUGAAACUAUGAAAUCACCUAAUACUGUAACAUUUUUAAACAACUACACGCCAUUUGUUCCUUUAAAUUUAAGAUCAAACAAUACUCAACUACGAGCUAUAUCAAUGAAUUCUCCACAAACUAGACCGAUACAAUGUCAAAUUCCAAUUGAAAAUGAUUUAUAUCAAGAACAAAAAUCUCCUACAAUUAAAUCCACUACAUGUCAUAAUCCUUGGUCCCAAUCAUAUUCACCAACAAAAAAUCAAACUUAUAUGCAAGUAAAUUUAACGAAUAAAGAAAUUUCACCAAUCAAAAAUUCUUUUCAAUAUACAAAAUCUAAUGAAAACUUUUCACAAAGUAUUUAUCAAACUAUUGAUACACAACUUUUAAAACAUUCUCAAUUCAGCACAACACCAACUAAUUCUAUAACUAAUGCUAAUAUAAUUGGUUUAACUACACCUAAAAUGAAACGUGAUCAUUCAAAUAAAUUACAUGAUUUAAAUAAUAAUAAUAAUAAUAGUAAUAAUAGUAAUAGUAAUAAUAAUAAUAGUAAUAACAUUAAUGGCGGGAAAGUACAUUUCAAUAAAACAAAAUUAAAAUUAUUACCAAAAGAACAUUUUCAACAAAUUAAUGAUAAUUUACAAUUUACAAAAAAUGAUAAUAAUAGUAAUAAUAAUAAUUUAGAAAUUAAUGAAUUAAUGAAACCAUUAUUACAAAGAGUUAAUUCUGAACGAUCACCAUCUUAUUUUCAAACUAGUUUUGUGUAAAUAAUCAAUAAUCGAUUAUCAGUACUAUUAUUAUUAUUAGUAGUAGUAGUACUAUUAUUAUUAUUACUACUAUUAUUAUUAUUGUUUAUCAUUGUGGAUACAUACAAAUGUACUUACUUAUUCAUCUUUUUCAAGGUUAUUUAUAUUCAAUUUGUUUAUGUUUACUUUAUGAUCAUUCAAUUUUCAAGAAGAUAAAGACAAACUAUAAUCUUUAUAUAUAUAUAUAUAUACUACUCAUGAUUAAUAUUAUGCAGUUCCUAAGGAAACUGCAGGCUCUAUGUUUGUACAUGUUAGUUGCAUAUGUAAUAAUUUACACUAGAUGUUACAAGUAAAAGUGAUAUUCAGUAAAUUGCCAUUGUACAUAUAAUUAACUAUUAUUAUUAUUAUUAUUCUGAUGUGUAAUUUAUCCCUAUGCAUUUAAUUAUGAGAACUAAUGAUUAGGUUUAUUUUUUAUCUCUUUAUACAAAAAAAUCAUUAUAAAUGAUUUUUAACACAUUUAUCAUACUAUAAUUACAAAAAAGAUGAUCUGAAAUGUUUAACCACAAUGUGAAACCUAUUGUUUCAAUGAUAAUAAUAAUAAUAAUAAU